UGUUCGAUUAUUUGUACAACGAAAUGGAUUUCUUUAUUAAAGUGGUAUUUAUUUUAUUAACCACAACUUUUUCUGCAAUACAAUCUCAAAAAUUACCCGAAACGGUGAAACCUGAAAAUUAUUAUUUAACCAUCGAUACCGAUUUGGUUAGCUUAAGAUUUUCUGGAACUGUUAAAAUCGAUGUUAAAGCUUCUUCUGUAACUAACAUAAUUUAUUUGCAUUCUAAAGAUUUAACAAUUCAAAAUGUGACUUUAUCGAAUCAAAAUACCCCCUUAGGAAUUAGGCAUUCUUUUAAUACAACAUCCGAUUUAUUAAUUAUUAAUUCGGAUACUCAAUUAAUGCCUACUUUUUCUUACCAAAUAGAAAUUAAAUUUCAAGGUAAUCUAGGUAAGGAAAAUGUUGGAUAUUAUCGCGCUUAUUAUUUAGAUGAGAAUAAAGUUAAUAAAACGAUGGCUGUAACUCAUUUAGAAGCUACAAACGCAAGGAGAGCUUUUCCAUGCUUCGACCAACCCAAUUUUAAAGCAAAAUUCCAAAUUAACCUAAUCAGGCAAAAAUCACAAGUUACCUCAUCUAAUAUGGAUUUAGAAAAAACAGAAACAAUAACAAACUCUAACAACGUAAUGGACGUUUACAAAACAACAUUAACAAUGUCGACUUAUCUCAUUGCUUUUAUGGUUUCUGAAUACUCAAGUCUCAGUAUGGAAGUUAACGGGAAAGUGUUUCGAACUUUUGGACGUCCGGAGCUUUUAAUGCGCGGAGAUGGUCUAUACUCCUUAAAAAUCGGUCCCGCGGCGAUCGAACAAAUGGAAUAUGCAACUGGAAUUUCAUAUCCGUUAGCGAAAAUGGAUCAAGUUCCUGUUCCGAAUGAUUAUUACAAAAUCGGGGCAAUGGAAAAUUGGGGGAUGGUUACUUAUCGAGAACGAAUGUUGAUGUAUAACAGCGAUUUCUCAACGGCUCAAGAAAAACAAAAAGUCGCCACUAUUAUUGCCCACGAAUUCGCACAUCAAUGGUUUGGGGAUUUGGUUACGCCGGAAUGGUGGAGUUAUAUUUGGUUAAAUGAGGGAUUUGCGACGUUUUUCGAACACUUUGCUACUGAUUUGAUUGAAACCUCUUGGGAUUUGGACCUACAAUUCAUCACCGAAAUAUUUCAACCCGCUUUAGACGCCGAUUCUCUCGAAAACAGCAGACCAAUGACGAGAGAAGUCGAAACCACCGAUGAAAUCGCAGGAAUUUACGACACGAUUGUUUACGAAAAAGCCGCUUCCGUUCUUAGAAUGACGGAACGCCUUUUAGGGUCAGCAUUUUUCUUGAUCAACCUCCGCAGUUAUCUUAACUUGAACAUGUUCGGCAACGUAAAUCCAACGAAACUUUAUGAAAGCCUACAAAGACCUACAGAUAAUAUUAAUAUAAGCGAAUUUUUAAAAAGUUGGGAGACGCAAGCUGGGUAUCCGGUUGUAACGGUUACAAGAAAAUAUGGUGUUGGUAAUGUUGUGUCAAUUACUUUAGAACAAGAACGAUUUCUUAUUAACAAAGAAAACUCAAGUUCAACUGCACAAAGUUUAUGGCAAAUUCCACUCGAUUAUUUCACCCAAUCGAGUAUAGGGAGUUCUCCUUAUAUUUGGUUAAACUCAAGAUCGGCAUCAAUAACGCUUAAUUUAAGCGAAUUCAACGAUAAUACUUGGAUUGUUUUUAAUGAUUAUCGUAAAGGGUUUUAUCGAGUGAAUUACGACGAAAGAAAUUGGAGGAUGCUUAUAACGGAUAACAAUAUGUACAAUUUUAACCUCAGAGUCGAAAAUCGAGCCCAAUUAAUCGACGACUCAUUUAAUUUAGCACGAGGAGGUUACUUAAACUACACAAUUCCUUUAGAAUUAGGAGAAAAAAUAAAAAAAGAAACUCACUAUGUUCCAAUUUCAACUUUCAACACAGUUUUGAGUUAUUUAGAUCGCUUAUCAACGGGGCAUUCGCAUCAUAAAAACAUAAAAAGUUACGCUAUUAAUUGUUUAGAACCAAUUUAUAACAAAUAUGGUUUUGUUAUUAAUCGAAACGAUGAACAUUUAAGUAAAUUGAUUAAGAAUAAUGUUAAUGAGGCGUUGUGCAAAUAUGGAUUUGAGAAAUGUUUGAAUGAAAGUAAAGUUUAUUUCGAUAAAUGGAUUGAUGGGGGUGAAAUGAUUCAACCGGAUAUGCAAUCUUACGUUUAUUGUUAUGGGUUGAAAAAGAAUCCGGAAAAAAUUGAAACGGUUUUUGAAAAAUACGCAAAUUCGAGUGAAUAUAAUGAAAAAAUUAGGAUAGCGAAUGGAUUGGGUUGCGUUGGGACUAAUUCAAGUUUCAAUACGUUGCUAAACAACUUGAUUAAUCAAAACGUUUUGUCGCAAAACGAUAAAUUAACCGCUAUUAAUUCGAUUUUGAAUAAUAAUGGAGACGAUGGUGUUAAAUUCUUUUUGGAAUACUUAGACCAAAAUUUCACCCAAAUCAACACAAAAAUUGGAAGUGUUUCAACAAUUAUUUCUAAUCUCGCAGCUAGAAUGACUACACAACAACACAUUGAUUUGUUUAAUUCAUUUGAAUCCCACAAUUCCGCUUCGUUUACACCGUCUUUAAAACAAGUUGUUGCUAAUGCAAAGGAAACUGGGAAAAAGAAUUUAAAUUGGAUGAACGAAAAUAAAAAGGAUAUUACGUUGUAUGUGGGAUCAUCUUCGAUGAUUUAUAUCUCAUUUUAUCUUUUAAUAACGUCCCUUAUGAUUCAAAUCUUUUAGAUAAAAAAUUAAUUUUGUGUAGUUAAAAAUUAAAUUAUAUAUUUUAAAAAAUCGCCUAUGGUGGAGUUCUGUUUGUAGAGAAAUGAUUUUUAUUUUAAAUUGAAGCUAAAACUAUCUUCUUUAAAAGGAUGUAUACCACUUUACCACUUUAUUUUAAU